UUCGCAUAUAAAAGCGAACGCUUGUGCCAAGCAAAUCAUAGUUUGAUUGAUUUCUACAACUAGCAAAGCCAAAUAACUCAACAUGAAGUUCCUGAUUGCAUUCGCUCUGUGCGCUCUGGCUGCCUGCAUCAAUGCCAAUCCCUAUGGCAACAUCGGUUAUGGCAGCGAUCUUGGCCAAGUUGCCUACGUUCAGGAUAUUGGCUAUGGCGGCGGCUGGGGCCGUGGUAUCGGCGGCGGCCGUGGUCUGAUCGGCGGCUAUCGCCAGCCCCUGAUCUCGCGCUCAUCCAAUCCCUCGGCUGCUGCCGCCGCUUCCGCUGCCUCUGCUGGCAUCCGCCCUGGCAACUACCGCCAGGCUGCCGUCAUUGGCUACGAUCUGGACGCCAGCUGGCAUGGCAACAACUACGGACGUGGCGGUUACGGACGUGGCUACUAAUUCCAAUCGAACCAACACCAGUUGAAACAGUGAAUAAAAAGAAAAAACCGCUGAAAGCCGCGGAGAAUGUUGAACAACAAAAAAAUA